AUGGUGGGCGCUGGUGCGCGCGGGGCGCCGCUGCUGCCGCCCGUGCUGCUGCUGCCGCUGCUGCUGCGGGGCGCGGCGGGCGGCAUCGCCGACAGCGUCGUCUGGGCCGUCAACGCGGGCGGCGAUGCCCAUGUGGACGUGAACGGCAUCCACUUCCGCAAGGACCCGCUCGAGGGCCGCGUGGGCCGAGCUUCUGACUACGGUAUGAAGCUGCCAAUCCUGCGGUCCAAUGCAGAAGACCAGAUUUUGUACCAGACGGAACGUUACAAUGAGGAAACCUUUGGCUAUGAAGUUCCAAUCAAAGAGGAGGGUGACUAUGUGCUAGUGUUGAAGUUUGCGGAGGUCUAUUUUGCACAGUCUCAACAGAAGGUAUUUGAUGUUCGCUUGAAUGGCCACGUGGUGGUGAAAGACUUGGACAUUUUUGACAGAGUUGGACACAGCACAGCUCAUGAUGAGAUCAUUCCCAUGAGUAUCAAAAAGGGAAAACUGAGUGUCCAGGGAGAGGUUUCAACAUUCACAGGAAAGCUCCACAUUGAGUUUGUAAAGGGCUACUAUGACAAUCCGAAAAUCUGUGCCCUAUACAUCCUGCAAGGAACAGUGGAAGAUGUUCCAAAGCUGCAGCCACACCCAGGUCUGGAGAAAAAAGAGGAAGAGGAUGAUGAAGAUGACUAUGAUGAUGGCUCCAGUGUCAAAAAACAGGCAAAUAAGAACCGGGUUCAGUCAGGCCCACGCACACCAAACCCCUAUGCCUCGGACAACAGCAGUCUCAUGUUUCCUAUAUUGGUGGCCUUUGGUGUCUUCAUUCCUACCCUCUUCUGCCUCUGCCGAUUGUGAGAGCAAGCCCCACAGUGCAUCAGCCCAGGGGCUGGGAGGG